CGCAGAUAACAGCUGACGGUUAAACUCAGAGAAGAGUAAGAAGCAGCAGCAGCAUGAUCAGUACGAGGUGGUCUGUACAGUGUUUAGCUAACUCCGCACUGAUAACAUCACUUCUGUAUAGUUUUAUAGGGUUUUAUUUAGAUUUUUUUUUUUUAAAUAUGUCGUGGAUUAAGAUGGUGUCGCAGAGCAGUGACGACGUGUUUGACGAGCAGGCGGACGAGCUCAAACUCCAGAGUAAAGAGUGGAACAUCAUGAUAAAGAAGAGAAUCAAGGGUGGUUAUGUGGAUGGAGUCGAUGCUGGAGAGGAGUCUUCCCUUCAGCUCGGGUUUAACCAGGGAUUCAGGGAAGGAGCAGCUAAGACUGUGGCUGUGGGCCGCCUCAAAGGCAUUGUUAGUGCCAUUUCGUGCUGGUGCCAAAUUGAGAAUCCGAAAAAACCUGUUCCAGUCCACGUGACAGAACUUUUGCAGUGGAUUUCAAAGCACGAAGAAAGAGUCACCGAAGGCAUCAGGCGGUCAAUGGAGCGGCCUCUCCCUACUGUGAGUGAUGUUUCAGAAAGCAUGGAGGAUCUGGAUGUGGAGCAGGCCGCUCAGAGCUGCCACGAAGAGGGAUGUGAAAAGACGGACUGCUGUAAGACGGGACAAACCGUGGACCUGGACACGUGUCAGCGGCCACAGAAACUCUGUUCACAACCCGCUGAGUCGUCUUCUCUCUCAAAUGAAGAUCUGAAUGUUCUCCUGCAGCGCUGUUCAGAUGUUGUAGUAGAGCUCGGACUACCGCAGGACCUGGUCAGUCACAUAGAAGAACUCAAGAACAUUUAAAUACUCCCACAGAUUUUAGAUAUAAAUACCUUCAUAAACUUGAAGCCAAACGUCAGAAAAAUCGGUCUAAAUUCAUACUGAAGUGGACAGUGUGAACUUUCUUUUAACACCACAGUUAUGUACUGUAAAAUAAAAAUAAAAAUAGACUUUUUAUUUUCUCACCAUUUUGGUUGAGACAGUUUCAAUUUUAAAAUUGCCUUUUAAAUAAUAGAAAACAACGUAAGGUUCUAUUUUUGUCAAGUCUGAGUGAUGUGUGUAAUUGUAAUGUAAUUUGAAGAGAAAAAUAUUGUUACACUAAUUCAUUAUGCACACAAACACUGGUUUAAGACAUUGAUUUUAUGGUGUUUACGUAUGAACAGAUGUGAAAUUAUUGGGUCUAAAUAAUAAACUGGAUUUUUAUUGGUUCAAAUAUUAUUUUUGAGCAUCUGUCAAACUAGUGUGGUACAUUUUUAUGUUCUGGAUUUUCUGGAUUUUAACUUCCCAAAUCGAAUCAAUAAACAUUCCGCAUCUGCGUGCUAUUUUCAGAGUUGUAUUGAAACGGCGCUCCACUCACGGGCGCACACGAGGGUGACGUCAUGCACUCGGACAGAGCCGUGACCCCGCUGCUCUGGCUAAAAGCUAAAGCUAAAGGUUUCGCGGCAGCGGGUGUUCUGCAGAGAACGUCCGCAUUUUAUCGACAUGUGCCGCAGUGAACGGCCAUGACGCAGUGACGGUGCACGGGUAACGGCAGCGGCCGCGGUGCUUUUCGCGAGCGUCGGUCAGUGAAACAGCGCACGUUUUGUGUUGAAGUUGAACAGCGCAGCUAGCCGCGAUGCUAACGGCUAAGUUCCAGCGUAUUUCUCCA